GGGGUGGAAAUGCUCUUCCGUGACCCGCAAUUAUUGGUGACUAUUGCCUGUCCAUAACAGGAAAAGCGGUUACGGAUUGGCUGAGACGAAGUAGUAGGGCGGAAAAGUGGGUAUAGCUGCCUGCACGCACGCCUGGUGCGUGCGCGGCGACGGCGGCGGCAGGCAGUGGCAGUCAUGGCGGCUCAGUGCGUGAGGCUGGCGCGGCGCAGUCUUCCGGCUCUGGCGUUGUCUCUCAGGCCAUCUCCCCGGUUGUUGUGCACAGCCACGAAACAAAAGAACAGUGGCCAGAACCUGGAAGAGGACGUGGGUCAGAGUGAACAGAAGGCAGAUCCUCCUGCUACAGAGAAGACCCUCCUGGAAGAGAAGGUUAAGUUGGAGGAGCAGCUGAAGGAGACUGUGGAAAAAUAUAAACGAGCUUUGGCAGACACUGAGAACUUGCGGCAGAGGAGCCAGAAAUUGGUAGAGGAGGCAAAAUUAUAUGGCAUUCAAGCCUUCUGCAAGGACUUGUUGGAGGUGGCAGACGUUCUGGAGAAGGCAACACAGUGUGUUCCUAAAGAAGAAAUUAAAGACGAUAACCCUCACCUGAAGAACCUCUAUGAGGGGCUGGUCAUGACUGAAGUCCAGAUCCAGAAGGUGUUCACAAAGCAUGGCUUGCUCAGAUUGAACCCUGUCGGAGCCAAGUUCGACCCGUAUGAACAUGAGGCCUUGUUCCACACGCCCGUUGAGGGGAAGGAGCCGGGCACAGUGGCCCUAGUUAGCAAAGUGGGGUACAAGCUGCAUGGGCGCACUCUGAGACCCGCCCUGGUGGGGGUGGUGAAGGAAGCUUAGCUGCUAUUGAUGGGGUGGGUGUUUUUAAACUCACUUGCUGUAACUCUUAAGGCUGGUUCAUUGUUUCUCAUCUUUGAGUACAUGUGACCUUUUCCCAAACCUUAUUGGAAACCUUAAGUAACCAGUGGCUAAACAGAAAAGGAAGCGGGUUGCAUAACUGCAUUAAUGAACUGUAAUUCGGGAGUCUGUUCCCUUUUAGUGCCACACGUUUAAUAGUUCCACAUACUUAGAAGAGCUCAGCGGGGCUCUGCCAGGUCUCCUGAGCAUCAUGAGUAAUGUGUCUGCUCAGACUCUGCUGACACCAAAGUAUUUUAAACAAAUAAAAGGUCUUGGGGAAUUCUGUUUGGCUACCUGGACGCGCCAGUCUGCACCGUGUGUCCCUGCAGCUCACUGCGGCUCAUGAGUGACUGGCAUAUUUAGCCCAUCACAUUUCAUUCGCUGAAGGAAAGGCAAGAGUUGAAACAUUUUCCAUACAAAAAAUUAUCUUUGUGAAGAACAUAGUGAGUUCGUUUGUCAUCAGUCAACAGCGGCUGAAAAUGGGCGUGGGCACUGACAAUUCUCAGCACCAUUAUGUGGCCAGGAAUUUGAGCUUGGCUUCGCAAAGGUCCUUUUACCCUGUUCUGUUCAUCUAAAUGCAGACAUAUUUAAAUCAUAUUCAACUAGUUACUAAUGACCUCAAGGUGUAUACCCUGGCAAAAUGGACUUUCUCAAAAUAGGACUGCACGCUUGGUAUACUUUAAAUGUUAAUGUUUAAUUUAAAAAUUUUAUUUAAGAGGAUUAAAGCCCUAAUGUUUAUUUUCCUACUUUCUGAUAACAA